UUGUAUGGUCCUCUGAUCCUCCAUCAUCCAUAAUCACUUGCAGCGGCAAAAGAAGAAAAAAAAGAAGAAGCGGCGGCGGCGGCAAUAAUUUCAACGUUUCAACGACUCUCCGCAUCGUCUCGGUCCCAUCCGGAGGGAAUCUUUACAUCCUGACGAACCAAGCCACCGCCACCACGACCGCGUAAUCUUAUCUACAUUUUGUAUGGUAUUUCAUUUACAAGCUCAUCUCGUUUAGUUUUUAGUCAACAGUUAAGAUUCGGACGUUUGGUUUAUAAGGUCUUCGUCUUCAUUCUCGAAAAUCUGCGGCAGGUGCGCGUUUCGCGUUUCUCAGAGUUCGCGGUUCGCGGUUUGUGUGUGUGUGUGUUUUUUUUUCGCUUUUCCAACUCUUUUGCUUGGCUGUUGUUCGAAGAAGUGUUCGUGUAUAACGUGUAUGCGCGUCAGUGCACCCAACUGUUAUGGAUGUAUUCAAAUACCAUCCCCGAUGGUUAUUAUUGCUAAUAUUUUCGUGGACAAUUGGUCACAACAGUGAAGCGGAUGCUGCCACCGCCGAGUUUAACUCUCCACCGCAUGCACAUCGACAUCAUCACUCGCUGAUUCCAAGAUUUGGAACCAGACAUCGACGACAACACACUAUCAACGCCGAUAUCGAGUAUUAUUACUUCGAAAGCGAAGCAUUUCCGAGCUCCGAAGAGUACGGUAUCUGGAGUAAUUGGACCGCAGGUGCGGAAUGUACUCGUUCGUGCGGCGGAGGAGUAGCCUAUCAAAUAAGACAAUGUUUGUCCGUCGGGUCGAAUGGAUAUCCAAACUGUAGGGGUGCCGCGAAGAGAUACUUUUCCUGCAACAUAUACGACUGUCCGGAUGUGGUGGAUUUUCGCGCUGAGCAAUGUUCUAAAUUUGACAGCGUGCCAUUCGAUAAAUAUUUUUACACCUGGGUACCAUACACCAAAGGUCAAAAUAAGUGCGAAUUGAACUGUAUGCCUCGCGGAGAACGUUUCUACUACAGACAUAAGAAGCAGGUAAUCGACGGCACAACAUGCGAUGAUGAGAGACCCGACAUUUGCGUAAAUGGAAGAUGCGUGCCAAUCGGUUGCGAUCGUUUGCUCGGUUCGCCCUUACGAGAAGACAAAUGCCGAAUAUGCGGAGGAGAUGGAUCAUCGUGCCAAACAAUUGCCAGUCUUGUAACCAGAAAUGAUCUGCAAGUAGGUUAUAAUGAUUUGAUGUUGAUACCAGCCGGCGCUAUGAACAUUAGAAUACGCCAAUUGCGAUAUUCUAACAACUAUCUGGCGGUGAGAAAUUUAACCAAUCAUUAUUACUUGAAUGGUGGAUGGAGAAUCGAUAUUCCGAAAAGUUUCCGUUUCGCUGGCACAAUUUUUCAUUAUGAACGAAUUCGCGAUACACUCGGAUUUCUAGCGAUAGAAUCGAUCAGCGCAUUAGGUCCGAUCACCGAAUCACUUUACAUUGUGGUACUAUAUCAAGAAAAAAAUGCUGACAUUGAAUACGAAUACAGCCUCACAAAUGGUACGAUUAUAUAUACCGGUGAACCUUAUCAGUGGUGGUACGAUGAAUUUUCAAAUUGUAGUUCCACAUGUGGCGGAGGUUACAAGGCCAGAAAAGUAUGGUGUGCUAAAACAAGCGAUCGAACGGCUAAUGUUAGCGACAAUUUAUGUGAUCCGGGUUUGGAACCGAUCAGAAAUCAGACUUGCGCCCAAGAUGCCUGCGCUCCUCAAUGGGUUGUUGGCGAGUGGUCAAAAUGCUCGCACAUUUGCGGAAACAACGGUACCCAAAAUAGGACGAUAAAAUGUGAACAAAAACUCGGCAACGGUAAAUCGACUUCGGUGGACUCUAAUCUGUGUGAAACAAGUGACGAACAAAAGCCAAAUACGACUCAACCAUGCAACGUUGGUAUACAAUGUCCUCAGUGGUACGUGGGUCCGUGGAAAGCUUGCGACAAAUUGUGCGGAGAUGGUUUCCAAAGAAGAGAAAUAAAAUGUUAUUACAAACUCAAUGGCAAGAUCAACAUCACCGAAGAUGCCGCAUGCUCUGGUCCUAAACCAGAAUCGGAAAAACCGUGUUUCGUACGACCUUGCGAGGGUGUAGAUUGGAUUACAACAGAAUGGUCCGAUUGUAAAGACAAAUGUGAUGUUACAUUUGAAACGCGAAGUGCGGUGUGUUCAACAGCCAAAGGUAAAGCGUAUCCAGAUAAAUACUGUAAGAAAUCGAAACAACCCAUACUGAUAAAAGAAUGCAAUACAUCAUCUGCGUGCGAAUACCAAUGGUAUGCGACGCAAUGGAGCGAGUGUUCAUCUACUUGUGGAGCAGGACUACAAUCGAGAAAAGUAUUCUGUGGCUUCCUCCAAAAUGAUACCAUUCAAAAAACAAACGAUUCUAAAUGCGAUAUAAGUAAAAAAUACGAGGCAACCCAAAUCUGCAGUGGCAAAGCGCAAUGCGAUGGUGAAUGGUUCCAUGGUCCAUGGAGUGCAUGCUCUAAAACAUGCGGAGGAGGAAGUAAGAACAGAACGGUGCUGUGUAUGUUGGGUAACAAGACAGCAGAUGUUACCAAAUGUAACUUGGAUAAAAUAUUAUUCAAAACUGAAACUUGCAAUAAUCAAGCGUGUGGAAGCGAUGAAAUAAUACCAGUUGUUUCAACGGGUACAGUGUCAGAAAAUACUCCUGAAGAAGAAGAAUGUGAAGAAAAUGAAAAAGAUUAUGUGGUUACAGUUCCCAGCAAUAUGGAUUCUAAAUCAAUGUUUACCAUGUCAGAUGAUGUUACUACAGAUGAUUCAGUCAUAAAAUUCUUUACUCAAACUGACUCAAGUUCAGAUGAUGGGAUGUCUUCUGCCACCGAAUUCACACCAAGUGAUCAGUCGUCAGCUGGAACUGAUGAUACUGCUAGCACAUCAUCCAGUGACAUUACAAUCACCGAAACCACAUCUGUUACAAUAACAUCCGAAAGUAGCAGUAGCAGUAGUGGUACCAGCAGUAGCAUUGAUACCACCAGUUCUUCUCUCGAGACCAAAACAACUAUGGCUGAGGAAAACACCAGCAUUUCUUCUUCAUCAACUGCCCCAGACACAACCGCUUCAGACACCAGCAACAGCAGUAGCACUCAAGACUUAAGCACAAGUCCUUACACCACACCAGAGAGCAUCAAUUCAUCAUCAGAUACAACAACCUCCAGCAACUAUGAAACUACUACUACCAUUAACAGCAGUUCAUCCAGUGAUUCUACUACAAUGUCUAGUUCUUCCUCUGAAACUCCAUUCUGGACCACUGAAAGUACCUCUUACAGCCCAGAAGGCAAUAAUACUAUAGAUUCAACACAAGUUACAAAUCCAUUAACCAGCACUGUAACAAUGAAGACUACCAAGCGGCCUUGCAAGAAAAAGAAGCCGCCAAAAUGUGAAUUGACUGAAUAUGGAUGUUGCUUUGAUGGAAUAACCCCAGCAACUGGACCUUUCAGUGCAGGUUGUGCUGAAAUAUCAACUUGUAAAGAAACGAAAUAUGGCUGCUGUGCCGAUCAAGUUACACCAGCCCAAGGCCCAAACAAUGAGAACUGUGAGGAAAUUGAUUGCCAACUUACUUUGUUUGGCUGCUGCCCUGAUAAAAAAUCUGCAGCACUUGGAAAUGAUAAUGAAGGCUGUCCCAUUCCCACCGAAUCUACAACCAAUCCAUCCAGCAGCAGCCGUGGAAACAUCUGCACUGGUGCCCACAAUGAAUCAGCAGAAUGUAUGACCACAACAAUGACAACAGAAGACUUUACCACACCAGAUGACAAUUGUACAACUUCAGAAUUUGGUUGUUGUCAAGAUAAUGAAAAUAUCGCAUCUGGGCCAAAUUUCCUAGGCUGUCCAGAGUUUGGUGAGGGUUCUGGAGGUGAUGAAACUACCAUCACUGUCGAUUACACUACUGAAUUCAACUCCGCACAAACUAGCGAAAAUGAUUCAGUAGUUACUGUAACUGAAGAUGAGACUACAAUAGUGUCACAGACAUCAAAACCAUCAACUUGUUUGGACAGCGAAUUCGGAUGCUGUGCCGACAACAAAACUGCAGCUCUAGGUGCUAACAUGGAAGGCUGCUGUUCAACUACUUCAUAUGGCUGUUGUCCGGAUAACAUUACAGCAGCCACUGGACCAAGCUUUGAUGGAUGUGGUUGCCAAUACUCGACAUUUGGAUGUUGCAGCGAUGGUAGGACAGCUGCUCCAGAUGAAUCACGUGUAUGCCAUUGCAAUGCAACUAGAUAUGGUUGUUGUCAAGAUGGUUUUCAAGAAGCUCAAGGUGAAAAUUACGCAGGGUGCUUGGAUAUUUCAAGAGCAGGAGAAAUUUGCAUUCAGCCGAAAAAUAAAGGUUCCUGUCGCGAUUUCACCGUCAAAUGGUUCUUUGAUACUGAAUAUGGAGAUUGUUCACGGUUUUGGUAUGGUGGGUGUGAUGGAAACGACAAUCGUUUCAAGACGCAAGAUGACUGUAGAAAAACAUGCGUGGAACCACCAGGAAAAGUGGCCUGUUUCCUGCCAAAAAUAACCGGACCUUGCGAUGGAUACUACCCUUCAUGGUAUUACGAUGGAAUACGCGGGCAAUGUUUACAGUUCAUUUAUGGAGGAUGCUUAGGAAACAACAACAGAUUCCAAAAUUUGACUGAGUGCGAAACUUCGUGUUUGCAAGCCGAUCAUUCUCCUCGAGCACCACGGAUAUCCAGUUCCGAAGAAACUGAUGUGACUGUUGAAGAAGGAAAUUACGCGACCCUACGUUGUCGAGCAAGUGGCUUCCCAACGCCAACUAUAUCGUGGAGAAAAGAUGGCUCAGAGAUCGAUAGAUCGCUUGAUCGAUACAGAUUCAGCAACGAUGGACUUCUACAAAUAAUUGGCACAUACGCUGGAGACUCUGGCACGUAUACUUGUACCGCUGAAAACGGAGUUGGACGACCAGUGCAACUGAAUUUACGUUUAACAGUAAAACCUCGAGUGACAGAAUCCGAAACCCCAGUCACGGUUACACCACCGACACCGCCAACGCCGCCACCGCCACCCACACUAACAACAGUAGACAUGUUCUCCAAUAGACCCCCGAGAAUAGACUCGUCUUACCCCACCGAUAUUGCGGCCGAAGAAGGAAGCUACGCUACUUUGAGAUGCUCGGCAAGUGGUUUCCCACCACCAACUAUACAAUGGCAACGAGGAACGACCAUAAUCGACAGAUCGGACGGAAGAUACAAAUUGAACGAUGGAGUCUUGCAAGUGAUCGGUUUGUAUAGAAGCGACGCUGGUUCGUACAUCUGCAUCGCCGAUAACGGAGUUGGCCAACCCGACCAAAAAGAAUACAGACUAACCAUCACAGACGGUGUGAACAAAUCGGCCGACAUCAUUAGCGAUUCUGUACCGAGCGUGGUGGUAACUCUCGACGCUCCUACCAUACUACACUGUUACGCGUAUGGUUAUCCACGUCCCACGGUUCUCUGGUGGAAACAAGAUGAAAUAAUACCGCGAAGUUCCAUUCAAUACGAACAACGAAGAGAUAAUUCGUUGAUAAUUCGACACGUUACGCUGAAAGCUUUGGGUCCUUACACUUGUCAAGCUUAUAACGGUUUGGGCAGAGCGGCAUCUUGGACUACAACACUGCAUGCUGUUGGUCCUGCUGUACCUUUAGAUCCCGAAGACUUUAAAUUCAUCAUCUACAUAGUGCCGCCACCUAAAAUUCCCCCGGUGGACCCGUCAAAUAAACCACCGGUAUAUGAAGUCACUCCGUAUACACCGCCGUCGCAUUAUGAUCCCAACGUUAUAACGCCAGAUAACCGUCCAACAACAUUGACAACACCAACUCAACCAACGCCGCCAGAUGUUUACAUCAAUCCCAACUGCACAGAUAAUCCAUUCUUCGCCAAUUGCGAGCUAAUAGUGAAAGCGAACUACUGUAAUCAUAAAUACUACGGCAAGUUUUGCUGCAGAUCGUGCACCCUCGGUCUACAAAUACCAUUGGACGUCAACGAACGGCGGUAGUGUUUCAAGCUGAACAAAAACUAAACAAAACAAACUAUUCGUUCAUCUAGUUUGAACGACAUGCGUAUAAGACUUUUGGUUCGCUUUUCAACGGUAGAUACUCGACAAAAUAUCACAAGAGUCUCUACUUCUAGUCAAACGCAGAACCUCAUAGCCUUCUGCUACGGUACAAAAUAGAUAAAUUAUUCAAUUCGGAAUCGUGUCGUUCCGGACAUUCAUCCACUCUUUCCCUUUAUCUUCCCUCCCCUCCAUUUAAUUUAUUUAUACUAGUAAAAAAUCUUUUCAAAUUGUUUAUUUUUGUAAUAAAAUUUAAUAAACGUU